UCACUGCGUGGCCGCACAGACCUUCCUUGAUGGAGCGGGACAAAGGUUUUCUUCUUCUCCCAACACUGCGGCCUUGUGCGGUGGCGACAGGCAGCGGUGACAGGCAGCAGCCGGCGCGGCCCCGCACUCCCACGCCAGGCACAGGGGGGAGUUUCUCCUCCUUUGUCUGCGCCCGGCGAGAUCAGCAGCCGCAGCCGGGGAACGGCCUGGGCAGGACGGCGGCCGAGGUCCCCUCUGCCCCGGCACAGCCGCCACUGGCUCGGACUCGCAGGGGACAAAGCCACCCGCCGCGAGCAGCCAUCCCGGGGGAGCCAAGCUCUUCAUGACAGAAACCCAACCAGGAAGUGUCUGGAGCAGGAACAGCGGCUGCGCCUGGGGACAGGGAGGACGGCGACACUGGGAACAAGGACACCCGCAGCCCGUCCCCCCCGCAGUGCCCGCUGCCGGCCAUGGGGAACGGCAUGACCCAGAUCCUGCCUGGCCUUUACCUCGGGAAUUUCAUCGAUGCCAAAGACCUGGAACAGCUGAGCCGGAACAAGAUCACCCACAUAAUUUCAAUCCAUGAAUCUCCCCAGCCCUUGCUGCAGGACAUCACCUACCUCCGCAUCCCCCUGCCCGACACCCCUGAGGCCAACAUCAAGAGGCACUUCAAGGAAUGCAUCAGUUUUAUCCACCAGUGUCGCCUGCAUGGAGGGAACUGCCUCGUCCACUGCCUGGCCGGCAUCUCCCGCAGCACCACAGUGGUCGUUGCCUAUGUCAUGGCUGUCACGGAGCUGAGCUGCCAGGAUGUGCUGGACGCCAUCCGUGCCGUCCGGCCUGUUGCCAACCCCAACCCCGGCUUCAGACAGCAGCUGGCUGAGUUCGACGGGAGUGCAGCCCGCAAGGUCCGCAGGCACCUGAAGCAGAGAUAUGGGACAUCAGCUUUCAACGAUGAGGAAGAAAUCAAGGCCCUGCUGCCUGCAGGGAGAGGAGGAGCAUCCAGGACAGAGGGAGCUCUGCAAGGACUGGUCCCAAGAGCCAGGGACAUCAGGAGCACGACUCCCUUCCUGCUGCGGGUGAAGAGGACGUUCUCCUGCAUCCCGUCGGCUCCGCGCUUUCGCUUUCGCCGCCCCGGCACGUUCCCUCGGGGCGGCGGGGCCGGGGCCGCCAUGGCGGAGCCGGGGGGACCCAUGCGGCUGAAGGAGUGGCUGAUCGCGCAGAUCGACAGCGGCCGGUACCCGGGGCUGCGCUGGGAGAACCGGCACCGGACGCUGUUCCGCAUCCCCUGGAAACACGCGGCCAAGCAGGAUUACCGGCAGCAGCAGGACGCCGCGCUCUUCAAGGCUUGGGCCAUCUACAAGGGGAAGUACCACGAGGGGACGGACAAGGCUGACCCCUCCACCUGGAAGACACGUCUCCGCUGCGCCCUCAACAAGAGCACCGACUUCCAGGAGGUGCCUGAGCGGAGCCAGCUGGACAUCUCCGAGCCCUACAAGGUGUACCAGAUUGUGUCUGAGGGCACCCGGGAUGCAGAGAAGGACGGUGACACACAGUCCCCAGCUGGAGAGGAUCAGCAGGCCAGCACCACGAGGAGCCUGGAGGAGGAGAACCAGAAGGGCACGAUGGAGACGUGCCACAUGUCUCCGCUGCCUCUACUCUCUACCCACCCAGCUGAGCGAGGGUACCACGUGAGGGGAGUUUUCUAUGGCUGGAACCCAACUCACAGCCACCUCCUCCCCGGACCCAUGUCCUAUGUUCCUGUGGAGGACGUCAACCACUCAGACUGCUGGCUCCACGUCCGCCUCUACUACUGUGAUGUGCUGGUGAAGGAGGUGACCACCCGCACGGCCGAGGGCUGCCGCAUCACCUCCCGUGCUGUACUGGCUGACAGCGAGCGCCUCUACGGCCCCUCCUGCAUGGAGCAGAUCGAGUUCCCCUCACCACGGGCACUGGGUGGCACUGGCCGGGGGACCGGCAUGACCACUGUGCUGGAGAGGCUCCUGCCCCAUCUGGAGCGGGGGGUGCUGCUGUGGGUCGCACCUGAGGGCGUUUUCAUGAAGCGGCAGUGCCAGGGCAGGGUGUACUGGAAUGGGCCACUGGCCCCGCACAGGGACUGGCCCAACAAGCUGGAGCGGGAGAAGACCUACAAGCUGCUGGACACGCAGCAGUUCCUGCAGCAGCUGCGGGGGUACCUGAGCCAUGGGCAGCCCGCACCGCAGUACCAGAUCCACCUGUGCUUUGGAGAGGAGUAUCCCACCAGCACCAGGAGCCACUUCCAGAAGCUUAUCAUGGCCCAUGUGGAGCCAGUGUUUGCGCGGGAGCUCUUCCAUCACGCCCAGCGCAUGGGGCCGAUGCUGCUCCGAGACUCCCCUCAGCCCUGCGCCCCUGGUGCCUCCAGCCACAUCAUCCGUGUCCUCAAACAGCUCUGCCAGCCCUGAGCCAAGUGGGCGGCGGGAGAACCCAGUCAUGAUGAAGCCUGGGAGCGGGGUGCUCUGCCCUGCCAUGGCCCCGCUCCAGCUGUGAGCCCCUGAGCUGGCACAUGUAGGGUGCUCAGCGCCACAGGGCAAGACACAGGUGGGCUAGGAGGUGGUGCUGCUGCCCCCACACAAAAGCCUGUAUUUAUUCCCUGGGAGCCAGCCGGGUAGGAUUCGCUGUGUGCUUGUUCGGUGAGCCAGGCCAGAGCCAGCUCAAUCCAUCCUCAUGCCUUGCACUGCCAGGACUCGCUGUUUGCGAACCUCAGAAAUAAAGGCUGUGUUUCAGUG